GAGGCGGGAACGCUACUUUGAGGCGAGGAGAGGUCGCCGCUUGCAUGUUGCGAGUCCGCACAACAACCAAAGUCCGACGUGGAGACAGAAGCAGCGGGGGGUCGUCUCCGGGAGUUAGUCCGUCACACGGGAGCCGUGCAGGCCGCGACUCUCGGCUCGGGCCAUGCGGGGGAGAGGAUGGGGAACGAGCCCAGAGUUUCUCCGCUGAAGAACUUCGUGGCCGGGGGGGUCGGCGGAGCGUGCCUGCUGCUGGCUGGACACCCGCUGGACACCAUCAAGGUGAGGCUUCAGACUCAGCCCAAAGCCUCGUGCGCCCAGUAUGUGGUCUACACAGGAACCUACGACUGCUUUCGCAAGACCGUCUCUAAAGAGGGCCUCCUGGGCCUGUACAAAGGGAUGGGCGCCCCGUUGGUGGGCGUUGCCCCCAUGAUGGCCAUCAGCUUCUUCGGCUUCGGUUUGGGGAAACAGCUGCAGCAGACGGACUCUGGACACCCGCUAACGCAUGCGCAAAUAUUCCUGUCGGGAUGUCUGGCGGGGGUCUUCACCACUGUAAUCGUGGCUCCAGGAGAGAGGAUUAAAUGCUUACUGCAGGUGCAGGCUGGCGGGGGCGUGUCCAAAUAUUCCGGUCCCCUCGACUGCGCCGUGCGGCUCUACAAGGAGCAGGGCAUCCGCAGCGUCUACAAAGGAACCGUGCUGACGCUCAUCAGAGACGUGCCUUCUAACGGUCUCUACUUCCUGACGUACGAAUACCUCAAAAACCUCCUGACCCCGGAGGGUCAAAGCGUUUCCCAGCUCGGCGCCGCUUACAUCCUGCUCGCUGGAGGCGUGGCCGGACUCUUGAACUGGACCAUUGCGCUGCCCCCGGAUGUCCUCAAAUCCAACUUUCAGACCGCUGCGGACGGCAAGUACAGAGGACUGGCGGACGUCUUGAGGACGCUGCUCCGGGAAGAAGGACCCAAGGCGCUCUACAAAGGCUUCAACGCCGUCUUUCUCCGAGCCUUCCCAGCCAACGCAGCCUGUUUCCUGGGGUUCGAAGUGGCCUUGAAGGGCUUGAACUGGCUCAUGCCCAGCUGGUGAGUGAGCGCCCGUUUGGACCAACAAUCUGCCCUGACCGUCCGACUUCAGAAUGCCACGCUACGCAAAAUCAGCUUUCAUGCUUCAUAUUCUGUGUUUACUAUUAGAGGUGCUAUUGUAUCUAUCUAUGUAAGACUGCAUUUCUGAUUGAAAGAAUGUUUAUAUUUAAAAACUUGUAUAGCAGAUGUAGUUGUGUACACUUUAUCAAUAAAGUAAUUUAAAUUGAA